AGAAAAACGAAAGAAAGGGGUAUUAUAAGAGUGAGAAAACCCGUUCGGCCUCCGCUCCAAAACCCUAGAUCGCCUCUUGCUCGCGGCGCCCCCCGGGACGAACUUCCCCAUUGCUCGCAGCCAUGGCGGACGUGGAGGCGGACGUUGCGGCCGGGCAGCCGAAGAAGCGGACCUUCAGGAAGUUCAGCUACCGUGGCGUCGAUCUUGAUGCCCUCCUGGACAUGUCCACCGACGAGCUCGUCAAGCUCUUCCACGCUCGGGCUCGCAGGAGGUUUCAGCGCGGCCAGAGGAAGCCGAUGGCUCUGAUCAAGAAGCUCCGCAAAGCGGUAUGAGUUGACCCACUUUUAUAUGCUUAUGACAUUUUAUAUUAAUUUAGAAGUAAAUUCUGGUUACAUACGACCACGGUGUCAGCUUUUUUCUUCUUGUAGUUACCUCUUGGCUUUAAUUUAUGCUGUUGUCAAGGCAAUGGGAAGAAUGAUUUGUUUCAUUAAAGUGUGCUCAAGGCUGGAAUUAUGUUAGUGAAAUGAGAAUUGUUUCUUGGCAAGAAAUAGGAUGCCAACAAAAGCUAUAAGUUAUUUCUGUUCCAAAGUUUACUGUUGUUUCUGGAUCUCCCAUCGCAAGAUUCAUUUCUUAUGCAUAUUGUUUCUUUUUCAUGGUGGGCAUUGUUAUAUACCUCCAUCAAGUUUUGCUGAUUAUAUAUAUUAUGGUUCUUUUUUGCUGAAAAAAGAGUAAUUAUUAUCUUGUUAAGUCCAUGAUCAAGUUCAUAGUUUUUGCACCUUUGGUGUACAGGACUUAAAGUUAAGGGGUUUUGAAUGACCUUUUAUAAAUGGACCCAUGACCCAUGUAUACAUCAUAUGGUAUAACUUGUUGCUUAUAUAUUAUCAAGUUUGCUGUUUCAGUUCUGAGAAUGAUCUAGCCAUUGUCUAUGAUUCCAUAAAGCUAAUGUACUUAUAGCCUACUCAAAUGUCAUCUCUUUGUAUUGGAUAAUGAGCAGGCUGGGAAUUUAGUUUGCCAUGCCUUAUAUGCUGAGAAAGGUAACAAGUGGGGCUAUCGAUGCUACAAUAACAAGUUGUCGGUAGAGAAUCAAAAGUCACUAAGACUGCAACAAAGUUUAUGCCAUUGACUGAGGGGGUUGCAAUCACCAACUUCAAGAUGGUUAACAUUGAUAGGGAAAAAAAACAUUUAAAAGUUUGGAGCAUCAAGGAGGCAUUUGAAAGGUUGACAAGGACCUUACUGUUCUUAAUAGAAAGUAUAUUUAGUCUGCUGUUAAAAGACCUGAUGUAAUAUUAGGCACCUGUUAUCUUCUGAAUGGAAAGUAGUCUUAGUCUGCUGUUCAAAGAUCUGAUGUAACACUAGAUUCUGAACCCUGUAGGAGGGUUUUGCUGUCUUCAGGCUUGGAACCAGUUUGCUUGGACUGCA